GGGUUUUGUGUCUUUAUUUUUAUGCCAAUGACAAGUCUACACAGACUUCCCAGGUUCCAUGAUUCAGGUUGUCUCCCUCCCGGGGCUGAGCAGCAGUUCUGCAUCGGAUUUGGGGCUAGAAGAGCCGGGCUUGCCCGCCCCUCCCCCCCCCCCCAAAGCUGACAGGAGAGCCUGGUGAUCAAAGUUGCUGUCCCAUUUUAUAGAUGAGAAAACUGAGGCUUAAGGGACUUGCCUGUGGUCCCCUAGAAUCGAGUGCGAUUCCAACCCUUCUCUAGGACUCCCGGGCCUCAGCACCCUUUCCCAUCAACAAGAUGGCCCCCACAGAAAGGGAGGGGAAAUGGCAGGAUGCCGGGGGCCUCCAAAGAGCCCCAGAAGAUUCCGGAAGAAGGCCACGUGUCUCGGUGACCGGCUCUCUCCUCGUGAAGGCCGGCUGGAGGAAAAGGAAGGAAGAGGCAGCACGGCGGAAGUUGGACACUCUCCGGGCGCUCAGGCCCUUGGGAGGGGCCUCAGUGGGGGGGGAGAGGGGGGAGAAGCGGGAGCUGGCCGGCCCUGGCUGGAGGGGCGGAGUCGCACGACCGCUCCUUUAGUCCCAGCCCAGGAGCGACACCUGGGGCACAUAGCGGGAGGGGGGCGGGGCAGAGUCAGAGUCCCGGCCCUCCAGGAGCUGCCCUCGAGGGGCAGACAGCUGGGUCCCCGACAGAAACACGGGCCAGGUCCCCAGAGGAAAGGCAGCGGAACGGAGAGGCCUUGGGAACGCUGCUCGGAGAAGGGGCGACUUUGGCCGGGACCUGAAACCCGCCAGAAAAGAGAUGGGGAGGGACAGCGAAUGCCCGCGGGCAGGCGAGGGACGGACCGUCUGGGUCCCGGAACAGCCCGGGGCCAGGAUUAUGGUGGAGAAAAGCCGGGGAGACCAGAUGUCCGGCUGCAGAGACACGGACGGAGGGUCCCACUAGGGGACACCGAUGGACCCGAGUCUGAGAAACAGAGCCCUAGAGAAAGAGAGGGACAGACUCCAGAAGAGCUAGAGCCAGGGGAGACAUUCGGGGAUGCGGAGAUGGAGAGACACACUCCGAGUGGCGCUGCCACUUGUGCUGCGUGGGCGCUUCGGAGCAAGCCCUUGGUACUUAGAGGCUGGCGCAGAGACCCAGAAAGGCAGUCAUGGAGCCAGAGAGUCGGGGAUGGGUCGUGGAUGCUUCUUCUGGGACCCAGGCGGGGACGGUGGGACCGGGCUCUCCCUACUAGCUCUACAAGCUAGUAGAACAGAGAGAGGCAGCGGCAUGCUGGGCGAUGUAGUUCCCGACUUUGCCCCAGGCGUUCACAGAGGCUGGAGCUGGACUACGUCUUCCACAAUGCAUUGCGUGGCUUCAGUUUAGCUCGGUGAGGGGCAGUGACUGAUGCCCUGGGCAAUAGGGCUGGGGCUGUAGAAUAGAGGCAGAGACAGAAAUAGAGACAGAGGCAGAGACUGGGAGAGGUAGAGACAAAGACAGAGACAAACAGAGACAGAGAGGCAGAGGAAGAGACAAAGAGAGGCAGGCAGAGAGAGACAGAGGCGGAGACGAGACAGGCAGAGACAGAGUCCCAGAGAUAAGGAAGAUGAACAAGAGGCAGAGAGAAAGAGAGACAGAAGCAAGGAGAGACAGACAGACAGAUAUCCAUCAGCAGAGUGGCCGACAGGAAGGCUAAGAAGAUGGGAGAUGGAGAUGGGGAGGGUCCAGGUGGCAUGGGGAGAGACUGAAUCAGACCCGGAGAUAUGGAGAACUGGAGGGAGGGAGCCAGGGUUAGUGUGUGGAAGUGUGAGAAGGACAGAUAGAUGCACAGCCCGCCUAGGGGAGUUGGGGGGCACCUUUAAGAGGAAGUCCCGCCCUCUUGGUCGUCAUGGUAACACCCCCUUCCCAGGGCCCCCACUUUUCAGCAGGUGCCCAGAGCCUCCUCGCAUCGCAGCUCAGCCAAAGCAACGGGGUCCCAGCUCCUCGAGAGGCCCUCCUGCCCCCCAUCCCACCCCCUCCCCAGCACUCAGGACUGCGGAGUCCUUCCCCUCCCAUCUCCUCCUCCUCCUCCUCCUCCCCCCUUUUUCCCCGGCUCUCAGCCUUUGCCCACUUUUCUCUCCCCCAGCUCUGUCUCUGCCCCUCCCUGACUGUGUCUGGCCCUCAGUUCUCCCGGAGUCUCUGACCACCUCUCUGUCUCACUCCUCCGCUCUCCCCUCUUUCCCCUUCUAUUUCAUCUCUCUCCUCCCAGGAUUUUCUCUUUGCCGUCUCUCCCUCUCCUUUUCUCCCCCAGUCCCUCUCUAAUCUUCCUAUUCCCAUCUCACUUCUCUGUCUACCCCUUUAUUUUCCUCUAUCUCUCCCCCUCCCUCCUCCUCUCCCAGUUUCUCGUCCCCCCCCCCCCCCCCCUCGUCUCCUCUCCUUUCCGUCUGGUUCAUUUUCUUCUGCCUCUCUUCCCUCCCCUCCUCCUCUUGCUCCUCGGCCUCUCCCUUGGGGUCUCUGCCUUUCAUCUCUUCCAAUCUCUUCUAGAUCUCUUCUCUUUCCCCUCCGCGAUCCCUCCCCCUCCCUUCCCCGCCCUUGUCUGUUCCUGCCUUCCCCACCCUCCCCACUUCUCCCAGGCUCUGGCCUGAGGUCUCUAUCUCGGAGUCUCUCCCAGCUUCCCUGGGAGGGAAGGCGUGGGGCCAUGGCCGGGCUGGGUCCGGGAGGUGGGGAGGCGGAGGGCGGCCCCCGGCCCUUGUUUUGCAGGAAGGGGGCUCUGCGCCAGAAGGUCGUGCACGAGGUGAAGAGCCACAAGUUCACGGCCCGCUUUUUCAAGCAGCCCACCUUUUGUAGCCACUGCACGGACUUCAUUUGGGGGAUCGGCAAACAGGGGCUUCAGUGUCAAGUCUGCAGCUUCGUGGUUCACCGACGAUGCCACGAAUUCGUGACCUUCGAGUGUCCCGGCGCUGGGAAGGGGCCCCAGACGGACGACCCCCGCAACAAGCACAAGUUCCGUUUGCACAGCUACAGCAGCCCGACCUUCUGCGACCACUGUGGUUCCCUGCUGUAUGGGCUGGUGCAUCAGGGCAUGAAGUGUGCCUGCUGCGAGAUGAAUGUGCACCGGCGCUGUGUACGAAGUGUGCCCUCUCUGUGCGGUGUGGACCACACAGAGCGGCGAGGGCGCCUGCAGUUGCGCAUUCGGGCCCCGACUGGGGAUGAGAUCCACGUCACAGUGGGCGAGGCUCGCAACCUCAUCCCCAUGGACCCCAAUGGCCUGUCUGAUCCCUACGUGAAACUAAAGCUGAUUCCGGACCCAAAGAAUGUGAGCAAGCAGAAGACCCGGACGGUGAAGGCCACGCUAAACCCGGUGUGGGACGAGACCUUUGUGUUCUCCCUGAAGCCUGGGGAUGUGGAGAGACGCCUGAGCAUUGAGGUCUGGGACUGGGACCGAACAUCCCGGAAUGACUUCAUGGGAGCCAUGUCCUUUGGUGUCUCUGAGCUGCUCAAGGCUUCUGUGGAUGGCUGGUACAAGUUACUGAACCAAGAGGAGGGCGAAUAUUACAAUGUCCCAGUGGCCGACGCUGACAACUGCGGGCUUCUGCACAAGUUUGAGGCCUGUAACUAUCCCCUGGAGCUGUAUGAGCGGGUGCGCAUGGGCCCUUCUCCCUCUCCAUCCCCCUCCCCGAGCCCCACGGAUUCCAAGAGAUGCUUCUUUGGCUCGGGCUCUGGUUCUGGCCGCCUGCACAUCUCCGACUUCACCUUUCUCAUGGUGCUUGGAAAGGGCAGUUUUGGCAAGGUGAUGCUUGCCGAGCGUCGGGGCUCCGACGAGUUGUUCGCCAUUAAGAUCCUGAAGAAGGACGUGAUCGUGCAGGACGACGACGUGGACUGCACGCUGGUGGAGAAGCGCGUGCUGGCCCUGGGGGGCCGCGGGCUGGGCGGGAGGCCUCACUUCCUCACACAGCUCCACUCCACUUUUCAGACCCCUGACCGACUGUACUUUGUGAUGGAAUACGUGACGGGCGGGGACCUCAUGUACCACAUUCAGCAGUUGGGCAAGUUCAAAGAGCCGCACGCCGCGUUCUACGCGGCCGAAAUUGCCAUCGGCCUCUUUUUCCUUCACAACCAGGGCAUCAUCUACAGGGACCUGAAGCUAGACAACGUGAUGCUGGAUGCGGAGGGACACAUCAAGAUCACGGACUUCGGCAUGUGCAAGGAGAACAUCUUCCCGGGGACCACGACCCGAACCUUCUGUGGGACCCCGGACUACAUCGCUCCUGAGAUCAUCGCCUACCAGCCCUAUGGCAAGUCUGUGGACUGGUGGUCCUUCGGAGUGCUGCUCUAUGAGAUGCUGGCAGGGCAGCCUCCGUUUGACGGGGAGGAUGAAGAAGAGCUCUUCCAAGCCAUCAUGGAGCAGACCGUCACCUACCCGAAGGCGCUGUCCCGGGAAGCGGUAGCAGUGUGCAAGGGGUUCCUCACCAAACACCCGGUGAAGCGCCUGGGCGCUGGGCCGGAUGGAGAGGUUGCUAUCCGCGCCCAUGGCUUCUUCCGCUGGAUCGACUGGGAGCGCCUUGAGAGGCUGGAGAUCGCUCCUCCCUUCAGGCCACGACCAUGUGGCCGCAGUGGUGAGAAUUUCGACAAAUUCUUCACUCGAGCCGCUCCAGCGCUGACCCCUCCCGACCGUCUGGUCCUGGCCAGCAUUGACCAGGCUGACUUCCAGGGCUUCACCUAUGUCAAUCCUGACUUUGUGCACCCUGAUGCCCGAGAACUCCCUAGUCCUGGGGCUGGCGCCAGCCCUGUACCUGUCCUGUGAGCGCCCCUUGCUGGACCUGGUCCCUCUGCUGCUUUCCCCUCCCCUCAGAGGGGUGGGACUGGGAGGAGUUCUGAGCUGUGUGUCUUCUCUCCCCCCUUUCCCCGCCAGGGAUUGGCAUCCUGCAUACCCUGCGCUCAGCCCGGUCCCCCUUCCUGAAUCUAGUUCUGCACCCCCAUUCUAGUGGCCAUGUAUUCAGUCCUGCUCCUCUGUCAUCCUUGCCCUAAGCCUAGAGCCUACCUUCAAUUUGAGGUCCUGUGGGAGGCUGUGCCCCCACACCCUGGGACCCGGGGGAGGACGGAGAUGGCCCAGCAUCCACAUCUACCCAGUCUUCCCCGCCCCCCCCCCUCCUAGCACUUCCCCUUCCCCACCCCCAACCACUGCCAGCUCCUUUCCUGCUGCCAAGUGUGGCUCAAGUCUCAGCUUCAUGGAGCCCUGGAUUCACCUCUCGGGCCCCUGAGGCCUCCCCUCUCUGGCCCCUAUAUCUGUCCCCACCCCCAUCCCUCAGGGCUGGGAAAUAAAGUUGGGGUUUUGAUGCUGGCUAA